GAUGAGAUGCAGAACUUUCCGUAACGGUGUUGCUAGCUUUGUUUCUAGCGGGUAAACAAUAACAACAGUGCGACUGACAUGUAGAUGAAUAACUCCAGUCAGCGUCGGAGUUAGUAAAUAUCAUCUCAGCAGCAUUUCGUAAUUAACUUUGCCUGGGUAGACUGUUGACUCCUUGUCAGUUUUGAAGCUUACUCGUGGAGCAAUUUGUCUAUGUUGCUAAGCUAACGUUGGUUUCUUGACGUCGAGUUUUGGUCAUUUAACCUCCCUGGCUUUGCUAAUUUGGACUGGUUCAGUGGAAUGGCCACAAGGAAGCCUAACGAAACUAAUGUCAGCCUUCCUUUCGCUGCACUUCAGCUCCUGGCCCCGCCUGUGCGUCUGGUGUCUGCAGCUCUCUGGAAGGUCCUGAAGCAGAAGGAUGUGAUGCAGUAUGGGGUUGUGGAGGAAUUUGUGACAUCGGCCUGUGAGACUGUCCCUGGGCUGCUCACCAUGAGACACCAGGGCAAGCUGGCACUGGGAUUGAGAGGACGGCUUAUCUUGGAGCUGUGCAGUACACAACCUGAUGUGAAGGUGAUUGAGCCUCACCUGAAAAGGAUCUGUGCUCCAGCUGCCCCUUCAUCCUCCUCAGCUUCUACUGUGAGGAAGGAUGUAAAAAUUAUGAGAACAGUUGAAAGUUUCCAUUCAUUGAUUCACACACUGCUAACAGACCCAGCAGAGAGAGAACAGUUCUUCAAGGAGGAGUUUCCUGCAGAUUAUGGUCCAAAAUUUGAUGAGGAACUGGAGAAGCUGCUGUGGGAGUUUUUGAUUCGACUGGACCAGUUGCUUCCAGUUCCCAAUCUAGCUCAGACUGUGUCAUGGCUCAGUGAUGCCCCCCCUGUCCUGGAGGAGUGUGCUCGGUCAGCCACCCAGCCCCAGCUCCUCAACAUUUUGCUUCAGCAUCAGGCCUGUCUUGGUCAUCUUGAGUCAGCAGCAUCCCUCCCUCCAAACAUGGGAGACACCAUCCUGGAUUCACUUUCUCUGCCACCAUCUGGAAAAGUCCCUUCAAAUAAACCAGCUGGGGCCAAAAUGUCUGCUGUGGACCAGUCUGAUGGCACACAUGCAAGAGAUAAAACACAAUUUAUUACACCUGUUAUUGGACUGAUAUCUAAUGAAGACGUGCCUAUCAUGAUCUCUGCCAGGAAAGGGGCACUGAGAGCUGACGAGUCAACCAGCUCAGAAGAUGCAACAAACAAGCUCGUAGACCCAAAAGAUAACUUGCAAUUCACUGUGGUUAAAGAGAGACAAAACCCCAAUGACAGUGGAGUGAAAAAGGGCAAGGAACAGCUGGAGGAGGAGAGGAACACCUCAAAAAGAAGCAGAGGAGUGAAACGCAAGCUACCUGACAAAAGACAAAGUGAAUUUGAUGAGGAGGAGGAGGAAGAUGUGUUAGGCAUGACCAGCUCUGGGGCAAAGAGGAUAAGUAGGGGCAGGCAGGGUAGGGGUGACCAGAGGACAAAUGACAGCAAAGAAGAUGGAGCGGAAACCAUAAGAAACGAGGAGUGUAAUGGAGCAGUCCUGGCAACGUGUAUGAGCCAGCUGGGCGUCAAAACGCUCCACCUGCCUGAUGAUCCAUCCCUCUGCUCCAUUUUUGUGUCUUGUCUGAGGAACCAACCCAGAGUUAUUAUCAAGAAACUGUCGGUGGCUUCCGCUAGUGCCAACAGGACCGGUAGAGGAGGAAACUGCUCACAUCAGGAACAACAGAAUCAGAGGAGGAAGUCACCAGUCAAAGCUCCAACAUAUAGAAGCACCAGUGUCCAACUUCCAAAGCCUGACUCAGACAUUUCUGGCUUGGAUGAUAAAGAAAAUCUUCCUGUUCUACCGAGUAUAAGCUGCUCUCCCUCUCAACAACGGAGUAACACAGAGUUGUUGGGCCUUCCUGGAGAAAGUGAAGACUAUGUAGCUGAUUCUGAGGAUGAGGCGACAAAGAACUUCAAAGGCAGGCUGUUCAUGAAGCGCUACUACAAGACCAAACACGGCACGUACGUUCCCACUCUGAGGGAGUUCUGGAAACCCGGGAUGACACAGCGGGGCUUGCUGUCUGCUCACAGUAAACGCAGGUGAAGCAUUUUCACUGCCAAGUAAAUCUAGUAAAUGCCAGAGGACUUGGACUGUGGCUAAGUUUCUCCACCAGUUACAUUGACUGAAAAGCAGAAGAUAUUCAACAUUCACCAGCCAGUGUCUGAUGGACAUUUUUUUAUUAGCUAUCUUUCUCUUGAUUUCUGUUGUAAUUGUAGCCAAAUCUGAUUGAUUUAAACUUGAAUAAGUGAUGAGUUUUCAUGGAAAACAAGCCCUGAAAUGGCACUGAUACUAAUCAUGGCGAAGCUUUGUGACAUUAUAAAUUGUUACUGUACAGUUUGUUUAUAAAGUUCCAAUAAUAUUAUCUGUUAAUGCAAAUGAGUACCUUUUUUAAAAACUUUUUUAACCUGCAAUACGUAAUAUGUUUAGUUAAUAAAGGUUUUUGUUGUUGCAGUCA